UGUCCUCUCGUCUAGUAGCAGCACGCCUCGGGUCGGCAGACCAGACCAGUGGGUGGCGGUAAUGCACCCGAAAGCUGUUUACCAACCGCCAUAAAAGGUACAAGAAGAAGAAGAAGAAGAAGAAGUGACGUAUUUCCGGUGUCAUGUCAGCCCUGGAACCUCAUGGCUAGCGACUGCUGCCGCGUUCAUACGCCUGCACGUGUUUUCCUGGGUCAGUUGUGAUGGUUCCGUUUUCCUGAACAAAGACGUCCAGAGAUGGCAGAAGUGGUUCCAGAGAAAAGUCGCGGCUUGAAGUUUGCAGAGCAGCAGCUGCUGCGUCACGGCUGGGAACACGGUAAAGGAUUGGGGCGAGGGGAGGACGGCAUAUCGGAAGCUAUCAAGAUCAAAGUGAAAUGUGACAAAGGAGGGAUUGGUCAUAAGGAAGGGGAUCAGUUCACCUUCCACUGGUGGGAUCAUGUCUUCAAUAAGGCCUCUUCCAGUCUGCAGGUGGAAUCUGAUCAGAACGGUAUUCAGUUGAAGAAGACGGUGGAGGAAGAGGAAGAGGAUGGAUUGGUCUCCAAUAAAAAGCCACGGAAAGCCGCUCUGGCUAAAGCCAAACUUUAUGGAUGCUUUGUCAAGUCGACCACCCUGCUGUCCGGUCAGAAGCAGCCAGAAGCAACGGCUUCCAGCUCCGACAGCAGCAGCUCCGACGAGGACGACGAGAAACUGGACCUCUCCAGCGCCACAAAGCUCUCUGAUGCUGAUCUGAUUAAGGCUUGUGGAGGACGCACGGCUCACAAAGGAGCCAGGCACGGCUUGACCAUGAGUGCCAAGUUGGCCCGGCUGGAGCAGCAGGAGGCGGAGUUCAUGGCGAAGUACGAGAAGAAGAGCCAACCGGCUCCACCGACCUCCCAGUCAGCUGACCAGAGAGCUGAGGGGCAGGAGGAGGCUGUGAGGGACUCUCGGAGCAGAAGGAUGGAAUCCAGUGGAGGCGUUAUUCAGCUAACUGGCGAUGAAGAGUCUGUAAGUCCUGAAACGGAUGUUAAACCCAAAAAGAAGAAGAAGAAGAAGAAGAAAGCCAGCGAGGACACUGAAGAAAUAACUGAUCUAGUUUCCACUGAUGAGGACAUCAUCUGUGUAGAAAACAGAGAAGCAGACCAGUCUCAUAAAUCAAAGAGGAAACUUAAAAAGAAGAAACCCGACUCAGAAGACAGAACGCCUUCGCCUGCAGCGGAGACGGUUGGGCUGCACACACAGGUGAAGAGGAAGAGGAGGAAACCCUCCAGAACACACACUGAACCUGCUGAGGAGGAAGAGGAGGAGGAAGAAGAGGAGGAGGGUAACGGAACAGAAUCCAACGAGAAGGAAGCUGAAGUCACAGAGGAGGAAGCGGCCGUCAAGCCCAAAAGGAAGAAGUGCAAAAAGGACAAAUAUGACGAAGCAAACGAGGAGACGCUUCCUCCAAAGAAGAAGAAGAAGAAGAAGAAGUCCAAAGAGUAGCUUUGGACGCUGGAGAACAGAACAUGUAGUCAACUGCUUGUUAUGAUCCAGACGACGGUUAUGACCCUCAGAACAACCUCAGACUUCUGAGCUGUUAACUUUACUGACGCAGACGUUGUCAUAUUAUUGAUAUGUGGAAUGUGUUCAUCAGAAUCAGUCUUAUUAUUCAAGUCCAUUGAGUUCAUGCUGUGUUGAUGUUUUUGAGGUUGGCACACAUCAAAUUAUUAUAUCUGGAGCCAAUUGAUACCAAUCUGGCCACUAAAUGUAGAAUAUGCAUUUUGGUAGAAAAUGAAUAUGAAAUGUAAGGAAUUCAGUGUAGUUUUUUAAGGUGUUUUUAACAACUGUGGCGACACAAUUGAAACUAGUGCUUUUGCAUGAAAUUCUGAACUUCAUAUGAAAAUUAAAUAUUGCAACACAUCAAACUA